AUGGAAGGCACCCACAAGGUGUUUUUGCCAUGCACCGGUGCCACCAUCUACAGGUGGCCCUGCCCCGCGUCCUCACUCGCUCAAUCCCCAGCCAUAGCAGGGGAAGCCUUGGAGGUGGGCCUGGCCCAGCUGAGCACCGACAUUUUCCCCCGGUUGAGGGCCUUGGUGGCCGCAGCUCUGGACUUUAUCGAGCUGUUCAACCAUAGUGAACAAGAGCCCACAUUCUAUCCUCUCUCCCCAGCUUUCCUCUCUGCUGGCCUCAGGGUAUUUGCCCCCUCGGAGACCUACACCCUGCCCACGAUUAGCCCCAGCUGGGAGCCCCAGCUGGACUUCCUGUUACCAUCAGACUCUUCCACCGGCUCUGCAGGGGUCCAGGCUGUGGCUGAGCCCAUUGGGCAGGGCCCCAAGAAUCCACAUGUGUCGAGCGUGACGGUUCGGCUGGAGAUGAAGGCUUUGUGGGAGGAGUUCAACCAGCUGGGCACAGAGAUGAUAGUCACCAAGGCAGGCAGGAGGAUGUUCCCCACCUUCCAGGUGAAGAUUCUGGGCAUGGACACUCUGGCUGACUAUGCGCUGCUCAUGGAUUUUGUGCCUCUGGACGACAAGAGAUACAGGUCUGGGGGCUGGCCAGGGGAUGCAGCUCAGACCUCAGGUGCUGAGAUGGGAAGGUAGACCCCUACCUGCACCUGGGGGAGGCAGGGGCCAGGCAGAGCAGUGUCAGGGAGGCCUAUCCUGGGGCAGCAGUGGGGAGCCUGAUGGUGGACAGAUCAGGGCAGCCCCAGUCUGAAGUGGGCAGCGGGUGAGCCUGGGCAGGCAGGGUGGGUUAGCCCUGGGCAGCGGGUGGAGCCAUGGGGAACCCAGGGCUGCACAGCAUUCUUGGAGCCUCCGGUUCCCCAUGUGCAGAUGGAGUUGGUGCCUGGGCAGUGAUGGGGACAAGGACGGCCCUGUCGCCUCAUCAGUCUUGGCUCUACAUAGGGGCAGCAGCAGAUGAGAUGUCGUGGGGUGCAGUCGGGGCGCCCUCGCCAUCUUGCUCUGUCCCCAGGUACGCCUUCCACAGCUCAGCCUGGCUGGUGGCAGGCAAGGCAGACCCAGCCACGCCUGGUCGCGUGCACUUCCACCCCGACUCACCGGCCAAGGGUGCACAGUGGAUGCGCCAGAUUGUGUCCUUUGACAAGCUCAAGCUGACCAACAACCUGCUGGACGACAACGGCCACGUGAGGCCCGGGCCACAGUUGGGAGGGGUUGGGCCAGGGCAGGGGACACUGGGGCCUGAUUGUGAUGAAGCCCGAAGGCCUUUGGUGCCUGAUGGCCUUAGUUCCCAGCACCCCUGCCUGAGUCUGAUGCCAAGGCUGGGGGCCAAGUUCACCUGGCCAGGGGCUGGAGAGCAGAGGGGACUGCCCAGACAGGUAGGAACACAGCACUGCUGACACUCUGUCAAACGGACAAAGACCCCUGCCCUCACGGGACUCCCCUCCUGGGGUAGGGAGCAGAUGAUAAGAAUCCAGAUGUCUCAGGUGGUGAUAAAUGCCAGGAGAAAAAGGAAACAGAGAGGGGGGCUGAGACGGAGGUGGCUGUUCAGUUCACGGGGCUCAAGGGAUAUCUGAAGAGAGAUCCGAAGGAAGUGCAGGAAGGAGCCCAUGCGUAUAGAAGGGGGAGCUGUUGCAGGCAGAGGGAACACCAAGUGCAAAGGCCCUGAGGCUAGAGAAUGUUGGGGACUUUGGGAGCUUCGAAGAGGCUCCUGUGUGGCUGCAGUGGACCACGGAGGGGCAGUAGGCGGGAAAGGGAUCCUAGGGGUGGCCAGGGCUGAUCUGCAGGGCCAGUUGGCUCCAGAGAGGAUUUUGGUCUUUACUCUGUAUGGGGCAGGAGUCACAGGAGGGUUCUGAGCUGCUCACUGGGGCUGCUAUGUGGGGAACGGGCAGAGGCACCCGGCGGAGGCGAGGAGCGCAGCCAGGAGGCAGCUGAGGAAACCCAGGAGAAAGAUGAUGGUGGCUGGGAGGGGUGGAGGCAGUGGGUGGGAGAGGUGGUCAGGUCCCGGAUAAUUCUGUGACAGCUGGGACGUGGGAAUGAGGGAAGGCCAAGCAGCAAGGAUGCUCAGACACAAAGGGGCCUUUGACAAAGAACUGCAGUCUCUCAAGCCCAGACCCGGCACCACCAUUUCAAGAUGGGCUGCGGGCUCAGGGCUGCCUUUUUCCCGGGGGAAAAGGGCUUCAGCCUCAGUGAGGGUUUGUGGCUGCGCCCCACCCCUGCACACCCACUUCCGCACCCCCCACAGAUCAUCCUCAACUCUAUGCACCGCUACCAGCCCCGCUUCCACGUGGUCUUCGUGGACCCACGCAAAGACAGUGAGCGCUACGCCCAGGAGAACUUUAAGUCCUUCGUCUUCACGGAGACCCAGUUCACGGCCGUGACAGCAUAUCAGAACCAUCGGGUGGGUCAGGCCACAGCUCAUGAGGCAGCUGCCAGCCCAUUUCACAGCGGGGAGACUAAGGCCCCAGGCUCUUAGGCCCCUCCUGCACACAGACCCCUGCCCUCCCCUCCCUCCCUGGGACUCAGUGGGUAUCUGUCCACAGUCAUUCCUCUGCCUUCACGCUCACCGGCUCUGUGGUUCCUCCAGAUUGGGGGGUCCUGGGAGGAGAGGGUGGCUGAGCCUGGGGCCCCACAGCCUUUCCCCAGCUCAGAGCUGGCUCAUAACUACAGUUUCUGCCCUGCAGAUCACUCAGCUGAAAAUCGCCAGCAACCCUUUUGCCAAGGGCUUUAGGGAGAGUGACCCGGACUCCUGGUACUGUCUGGCCCUGGCCAACCCUGCCCACCUGCCCUAACCCAUCCCCUCACCCCAGGCAUCUCUUAAGGCUUUGGCUCCUGACCCUCUUUCAGGGUCUCAUCCACUGGCUUGUCCUGGGAUCCCACUGUCUGACUCUGACCAUGACCCUUGGCCUAGGUUCUCCACCUUGACCCCUGCCCCCAUUCCCGCUUGCCAUACCUUCAGGACUGUAUCUCCAAGGCCCCUGCUCAGCGUCCCAACCCAGAGUCGCAGCAGCCUCAGCCCUUGCCUGCUGAAGGGCUCCCCAGAGCAGGAGAAAGGUCAGCCACCAGGCCACAGGCACAGUGGGAUGAGAGCCUGCACUGUGGGCAGGAAGUGAGGGGACAGGGCCACCAGGCCUCCAGGAAGGGGUUUCAGCAUGUUCAGCAAGCUCACUGGGCAUCUGUGUGAACAGAGACAGGGAGGCAGAGAUUUUGGAGACAAUGUGGGACCCAGAGCAGAAAGACCAGGGCAGGGAUAAGGUGCUGAGAGCAGAGAGAAGGAGGGUCACGUAGGCUUCCUGGAGGAGGUGGUUCCCAAGCUGGGGCUUGGAGGACUGGGAAGGGUUUGGACAGAGGGAGAAGGUGGGGAAGAAAUUUCUGGCAGAUAGAAGAGAAAGAGCAAAGACUAAGAAGUGGGCAACUUGGGAUGGGAGGAGCAGGAAAGGGGACAGGCAGGCUGAGGGUGUGAGAGGAGGUCUGGGGUCCACUCAGACCAUUUCCUCCCUCAGACCCCAACAAAGCUCCAGCCUUCACCUCCAGGACCCCUGCCAGGCUCCACCAUCAGCUGCUGGCUCCCCCUGAGGCUCUCCUGGCCCCAGCCAUCUACCGGCCCCUCACCUACCAGGGCCUGUACCCUGGAGCCUCAAGCCGCCUCCGAAUCCCAAGGGCCCGGCCAACACCAUACCCCAUCCCCAAUAUUCAGGAUGACAGGGGUCAGGGGGUGCCCCUCCCAGCUGGGCUGGGGCUCCUCCCCUCCACCGCUGUGUGCCCAGGGGCUGGCCAGGACCCACAGUAAUGGUGGGGGCCCUGUGAACAGAGUCCUCUUACCCUGGACCCCAGACUCACCUCUGCAGAGACCCCCUUCCCCUCACAUGGAGAGAGCAGGGCAGGUGGAAACCCAGAGAGGGAAGCUACCUGCCCAAAGUCACAACAAGGCUGAGCUGGUGCCAGGCUUGGAACUAGGCCCCCUACCUCACAACCUGCCCCCUUCUGCCUUGGGGGUGACUCUUCCAAGCCCUGCUUUACCUCUCUUUUCCCCCCAACAUUAAAUCAUUUGGCAUGAGUGGUCAGAGCACU